CCUUUAAACUGUCAACAAACUUAAACAAGUUCCCUCUGCUCUCACACGCCCCACAUAGCUGGUGUAAACCACAAACUGUACGGUUUAAACUCGUUUUUCUACAUCAAGUGUGAGUGUACUUAGAGCGUCAGAGGAAAGAGAGAUAUGUUGAAUGUCGGAGGUGUACAUAAAGCAGAGGACAGACAUGGAAACCCGCGUUGUGUCUGCGUUGGAAAAACCCGCGGCGGAGCUGACGGUUAUGGACGUGUACGACAUUGCGGCGGUGCUCGGACAGGAGUUUGAACGGACUAUCGACAGGUUUGGGUGCGAGUCUCUGGUCGGUGUGGUGCCCAAAGUGGUGCGGGUUCUGGAGCUGCUGGAGGCGCUGGUGGGCCGCGGAGCCGCCGGACAGGAGACCGACGAGCUGCGCAGGGAGCUGGAGAGACUGCGGCAGGAGCGGAGCGACAGAUACGAACAGGAGAGGAAACACCAGAAGGAGUUGGAGCUGGUGGAGGAUGUAUGGAGAGGAGAAGUCCAGGACCUGAUCUCUCAAAUCACUCAGCUUCAAGCAGAGAACAAGAGGCUGUUGGUGAGCCUCUCUCUCAAAGAGUCCCCCGUCACAGAGGAAGACCUGCAGAAACAGGAGGGAAUGUCAGAAAAAGAAAGACUGGUGAUGAAAAAGCUGGAAGACUUGGUGGAUAAGCAGAGGGAUGAAAUCCGGGCAAAAGACCAUGAGUUAACAGUAAGAAACGAGGACGUCGAGGCGCUCCAGAUGCAGCAGCAUCGGCUGAUAAGGAUCAACCAGGACCUUCGUCGCAGGGUAGGAGUGAUAGAAACCCAGGGCAAGGCACUGAUCCAGCAGAGGGCUGAGCUGGAGGCUGCAGCCCAGGCACAGUUGCAGGAGGUGGGGGCUCUGCAGCUGGAGGUCACCAGGCUGAGAAAGGAGCUCCAGGACUGGGAGCUGGAAAGAGAGAUCACUGAGGUAGAAGAGUCGUCUCUUACAAGAUCUGGGAUGUCGUCACCUGCAUCACCACAGACGACAUUCUCAGAAGCAGCACCAUCUAACUCCAUCAAACCAAAUUCAGUGUGGGUGGAGUGUGGAGGGGACGCUGGUUUCCUGGCGAACUGCUUUGAGCGUGACAAGAGCCCUUCCCUUCUCUCAAGGUCGUCCAACAGAGAAAAUACUGAGGAAGAGGGUGAUGAAGAUGAAGACACGACAGCUUUGUUACUGAAGGUGCAGACUGAUACAGAGCAACAGGAGGAGACAGACAGCCUGGAGCAGGAGUCGGACCAACCUCGCUUCACUCUGCAGGAGCUGCGGGACGUCCUGCAGGAGAGGAAUGAGCUCAAGGCCCAAGUGUUCGUGCUGCAGGAAGAGUUGGCAUAUUACAAAAGUGACGAGUCUGAGGAUGACAUCAGCUCCAUUGUUUGUACAUCUUCUCCUCCACCAUCCUCCAAUUCCACCGAUCAGCCUGAAUCAGGAAUUAGGCGCUUGAUCUUCACUGCCAUAAUGCCAAUGGUGGCAGCCGGUUUGAUUGCAGACGACCCCACCUUGUUGCCAAUCAGAAGACUUGUUUCCUUUGUAUGACAUUGAAUUUCAAUUCUUGCACAGUUGCUCUUAAUUUUCCCACAUCAUGUCGACACCAUGUGGUUUAUGAGAUUGAAACUGUGCUGAAUGAACUACAAUUGUUUUAAAGUGUCAACUUAUACAUUACAUGUUGAUAAGACUUUAGCUAACUUGGUAAAAUUAUCCUGAGCAGUUAAAAUGUGAGACAGCUGGCCAAACCUGGACAUGUAUUUAUGACCUCUCAGGCCUUUGUGGUUUCAUAAAAAGUCACUACCUGUCAGUUCUUAAUUAUAUAUAUAUAUAUAAAUGAAAAAGCUAUGCUUCAUUACUUUUAAUGCUGCACAUGCUGCUAUAUUGUCAAAUAACUUCUAAGGUUCUCACUACAUUGUCUACAUUGGCUUGUUCCUCAGCCUAAAAGUGGUCUCACUGCACUUCAUAAAGUUUUUGCUUGCCAUGUAUUCAAUAAUGUAUUUACUUCAAAAUGCAUUCACUUUUACAAUCAUAUGACGAGUAGUGCCUGUAGUGCGAGGUAUUCCCUAGAAUAUGAACUGUUUUUUUCACAGACACUUUAAAGUUCCUUUGUGGUCUCUUUAUAAAUAGCAUCAAUGUCAGAGAUGAAGAACCAUAAAAGGUGAUGGGACAUGUUUUGUCAUUCAGGUGGUGUCAAGAUGUAUCUGACAACAAAUUAUUGUUAAUGUGUUUUUCAGCCAGAAAAUCGUGUACCUCUGUUUCCCUCUGAAAGACUGUGUGAAAUAAUGUGCUGAGUGUCAGCACUGGGUCGUGUUGAAAAGAGUAUGUUACUUACAGCACUACAGCCUACAUGCCUUGUGAUUUACACUGGUGCAAUCAUACAAGUAAAAUAUUCCAAAAAUAAUUAGUACUGUAAAAAUACACCCUAACUAUCAAUAUGUGCUGGGUUGCAUCUGUAAAAUAAUGUUUGUCCAGAGUAAAGUAAUAAAGUUUUGUUUUUCAUUUUU